AUGAUGUCCAUUGAUCAACGUGUACAGCAAACCAUGAAUGACAAUAACAACAACCCCAGUAAUAAUAACAAUAGCAAUAACAAUAACACUAACAAUCAGAAUGUGAAUAAUAAUAGUAAUAACAACAACACACAUACCAUUUCCAAUUUAUCAGCAGGAUUAAAAUCAGUUUCAUUAACUGAUCAACAACAAAAUGAAGUUAAUUUGAAUUUAUUACAACAACAAUUACAUCAAGAAGCUUCUACUCAACAACAACAAUCAAGAAUUACUCAAUUUUUCCAAAAUCAACCUACUGAAGGAUUCACAUUAUUUUCUCAUCGAUCAGCACCUAAUGGAUUUAAAGUUGCUAUAAUAUUAUCAGAAUUAAAUUUACCUUUUAAUACAUUUUUUUUGGAUUUUAAUAAUGGAGAACAAAGAACUCCUGAAUUUGUUACUAUAAAUCCUAAUGCUAGAGUACCAGCAUUAAUUGAUCAUUAUAAUGAUAAUACAUCUAUAUGGGAAUCUGGAGCAAUUACUUUAUAUUUAGUAACCAAAUAUUUAAAAGAAAAUGGUGAAUGUUCAUUAUGGUCAAAUAAUUUAAUUGAACAAAGUCAAAUUUCUUCAUGGUUAUUUUUCCAAACUUCUGGUCAUGCACCAAUGAUUGGUCAAGCAUUACAUUUUAGAUAUUUCCAUUCUUGUCCGGUACCAAGUGCUGUAGAAAGAUAUACUGAUGAAGUUCGAAGAGUUUAUGGAGUUAUUGAAAUGGCAUUAGCUGAAAGAAGAGAAGCAUUAAUUAUGGAUCUUGAUGUUGAAAAUGCUGCGGCCUAUAGUGCUGGUACUACUCCAUUAUCUCAAUCAAGAUUUUUCGAUCAUCCAGUAUGGCUUGUAGGGGAUAGAACUACUGUGGCUGAUUUAUCAUUUGUUCCUUGGAAUAAUGUCGUUGAUAGAAUUGGUAUUAAUUUAAAAGUUGAAUUCCCUGAAGUUUAUAAAUGGACUAAACAUAUGAUGCAAAGACCAGCAGUUAAACGUGCCUUACGUGGUGAUUAG